UCCGUGAACAUUUGAAAAGUGCAAAAUUGUGAUGCUAGGAAAUUUAAAUAAAUUAAUUAUUCCAUUUUUAAUUAGUGCAACAGUGUUGUGGCAUUAUGGCCAGGCCAAAGAUUUCUAUACUUCCACUGCUGGGCUGGAGGAUUUAUUCAAAACGGAACUACAACUUACAGCGGAAAUGCAAAAUUACAUCGACACGCUAAGCCAACACAUUGAAAUGUUGCAAAGUGAAAUGAAUAUAAUACAUCAAGAACACAGCAUGGCCUCUAAUGAUCUUGAGGGUUACCUCAGCAAUCCAAUAAAUUCAUAUCGUCUGAUAAAACGUCUCUUUACCGAUUGGCCCACAUUUGAAGACACCAUUGCAAUGGACACGACACGUACAGACUUUCUCGGCAACUUUGAGACACUCAAACAAAACUUAAGUUUUCCCACACAAAUUGAUAUGACCGGAUCAACAAUGGCGCUGGUACGCCUGCAGGAGACAUAUAGAUUAGAUGUCGAACAAGUGGCCAGUGGUAUCCUCAAUGGAAAUAAAUAUGGUUCUGGCAUGACGUGGCAAGAUUGUUAUGCGAUUGGUGAAUAUUUAUAUGCUAUGAAAGAUUAUAAUCAUACGAUACCGUGGUUUAAGCAAACAACAAAAAUACUACAAGCCGACGCAUAUCUCAGCGAAAUGGAUGGUUUUCUGGACUUUAUGGAAAAUUUGGUGGAAUAUUAUCGUACCAUGGGUGAAUAUGAAUCAGCAUUGGACCUAUUAGAUUAUAUCUUGGAAAGGAAUCCUCAGCGUGAACAUAUUCGGGAAAAACGAGUUGAAUUGGAGCAUAAAAUGAAAACAGCUGCUGAUGAGGUGCCUUUGGAAAAACCUGUUAUUGAGAGUGAAUAUUAUAAAACCAGAGAAUUUAAACAAUUCGAAAGUAUCUGUCGUGGUGAUUAUGAGGACGACUUUAGGCCUGAGCAAAAAGCGCUCUUUUGUAAAUAUUUUACCAACAAUCAUCCAUAUCGUCUUCUGCAACCAUACAAGGUGGAACAGCUUUCACUGGAUCCAUAUAUUAUUCAGGUUUAUGAUGUGCUCACAGAUGAAGAAAUCAAGACCGUUAAAAGUAUUGCUAAGCCCCAUAUGGAGAGAUCAAAAGUUUUCAAUUUAGAGACCGAUGAACAUGAAGAUUCUGAAACACGGACCAGCCAUACGGCAUGGAUGAAAUACUAUGCAGAUGAAGUAUUUGGACGAAUGUUGCAACAUGUCCAGGAUAUAUCUGGAUUGGAUUAUACCAAUGCCGAGGAUAUGCAAAUUGUCAACUAUGGAUUGGGUGGUCAUUAUGGACCGCAUUUUGAUUUUUUCACCGAAUCUUCUUGGUUUACUCCCGAAGAUGGUAAUCGCAUCACAACUGCCAUGUUUUAUCUAUCUGAUGUUGAAGAAGGCGGUGGCACUGGUUUUACUUUCCUCAAACUGUUGGUGAAACCGCGCAAGGGUUCUUUGCUCUUUUGGUAUAACUUACAUGCCUCCGGCGACGAGGAUUAUCGCUCUAAUCAUGGUGCUUGUCCAGUUUUAAAGGGUUCCAAAUGGAUUGCCAACAUUUGGGUCAGAGAACGUGAUCAGUUCUUAACCAAACCAUGUGAUCUCACAACCAACCAUGAAGUAUCCUUAAUUUAUAAAGAAUUAUUUUAGAUUUAAUACCUUAAUUUAUUUAAAAAAUUGCAACCAAUUUGUUUUAA